AUGCCGCUCAACGCAGAAAGUGUUGGCGGUGCCGUCCUGGCUUCCUCGUCUAAGCGACCCAUCACCGAGUCGCAGAGCCCCUCGAUUGCCAGUCCCGCCAGGAUAUCGACGCCGCCGCCUCCAGAGAGAGAGAGAGUCCACCUCGACGUCAAGCAAAAUGUCGACAGCGGCAAUACUCGAUUGUUGUUCCAGGCCGGCCGGGUUACGGACCUGCGGAGGAGUAGCAAUCUCGACGCCGAUGCCGUCGAUUAUGCCCUGCGCAGAGAGUUGAGCAGGCAACAAAGGGAAGGCACACCGGGCGCGAGCCCACAUAGGAAACGACAACGCAUCAAUGGCGACAGGUUUAUUCCCACAAGGUCUGGCCAGGACCUUCAUGCCAGUUUCAGUCUUCUACACGAUGAUGGAUCCCCUGCGACUCCUUCUCGACAGAAGAAGCGAACGCCUCAUGGCGAAUUACAUUUCCAGCGAACCGAGGAAGCGAAUCGUACCUUCUCCACGUUGCUACGAGCGGAACUUUUUGAGAAUACUAUUCCUCAAGCGACGCCGACCAGCUUAUCGCCCGAGCAUACUCUUGGAACCGGGAGAGUGUCCAAUGCCCAUGAUGGGACCAGGUCACAUACCCCACCAGCCAACCCGUCCUCCUCAGCGCUGCCCACCUCUAUGACCCCCUCAACACCUCACAAAAACCUCUUCUCAUACAUGUCCCCCCGCCAUCAUAGCAACAUUGCGGGGCACCCAACACCUACGAGGACGCCGCAAAGCCGGCACGGACCAAACCUGGACACCCGCUCAGAGAUUUACAGUCUUUCGCCUGUCCGCUUUGGUAGCCAGCAGAUGCUCCUGAGCCCGCGACGACAACCAAGGGCGGUGAGCAAGGUCCCGUAUAAAGUAUUGGACGCGCCGGAGCUCGCGGAUGACUUCUACCUCAACCUAGUCGACUGGGGGAGUGCCAACGUCUUGGGUGUAGGUCUCGGCUCGAGCGUCUACAUGUGGAAUGCACAGACGAGCCGGGUUAGUAAGCUGUGCACACUGGAAGACGAUACAGUAACGAGUGUUUCUUGGAUUCAAAAAGGCACGCAUAUUGCCAUUGGCACCGGCAAGGGCCUCGUUCAGAUCUGGGAUGCCGAGAAGACUAGACGCCUGCGGACCAUGACUGGCCACACGGCCCGAGUCGGCUCAUUGGCGUGGAAUACCCAUAUUCUUACUUCGGGCUCUAGGGAUCGCUUGAUCUAUCACCGAGACGUCCGCGCCCCAGACCAGUGGCUCCGGAAAUUAGUCGGCCACAAGCAGGAAGUGUGCGGGUUGAAGUGGAACUGCGAAGACGGACAGCUUGCCAGCGGAGGCAACGACAACAAGCUCAUGGUCUGGGAUAAGCUCUCAGAAACGCCCCUGUGGAAGUUUUCGGAUCACACCGCUGCGGUCAAGGCGAUCGCGUGGUCGCCGCACCAGAGGGGCUUGCUUGCAUCCGGAGGCGGUACUGCCGACCGAAGGAUCAUCUUCCAUGACACCGUCCGAGGUACCGUUAUCAACGAGAUCGACACCGGCAGCCAGGUCUGCAACCUCGCGUGGUCCAAGAACUCGAACGAGAUCGUCUCGACGCACGGCUAUUCUCAGAACCAGAUCGUCGUAUGGAAGUACCCGUCCAUGACCCAGGUCGCGAGCCUCACGGGUCACACAUACCGUGUACUCUACCUGGCCAUGAGCCCCGACGGGCGCGUCGUGGUCACGGGCGCCGGCGACGAGACGCUGCGGUUCUGGAACGUGUUUGGCCGGAGGCCCGGGGCGAGAGAGGACAGCAGUGAUGGAGGCGGCAGGCUAUCCGACUGGGGUGUCAUUCGCUGA